AUGGAUAAACAAGACUUCAAGGAAUGUGGGCUGGAAAUAGGACUGGCAAUGAGGCUUGCAGACUUUGCUAAGAAGCUCAAUGACCAAAAUGAAAACUCAAGUAAUGAAUUUAAAAACUCUACAGUAGAAAAUCCUCCAACCAUUGCCAAAUUGGAUGUGAAACUCCUAGCCAAUAAUCUUGAUAAGAUUGUUCGUGGUGAAUUCCAAAAUAUUAAGGGGGAUAUAGAAAAGAUUAGGUGUCAGGUAGAAAAGAUUGAUAAUGCAGUGAAAAGUCUUGAACAAAGAGAUGAUAUCGAAGGAAGUGAACUUAGCUAA